AAAUCAAGUUGAUGUUUUAAUUAUUGUUGAUUGUUGAUUAUUCAUCUAAUUGUUUCCAUUUUGUGAUUAGUUUUUCACUUUUAAUCCAGUGCCAAGAAUUUAGUGGAUUUAAGAUUCAAUAUUUUCUCUUUAUCUAUUAUAUUUUAUUCAGAGAAUUACAUUUAUUGUUGAUUAUAGAUAAGCUUUGGUAAUUUUUGUUUUUCUCUUCUCUUUUCAUCUUCGUGUUUGACCUCAGUCAAUAGUCUGUGUGUCUUUUUUUUUCUUCUUCUUGUUUGUGAGCUAGUGUGUGAAUGAUAUUCACUAUACACUAUUACUAUUGUUACUAUUAUUCUUGGUGUUAACCGUUGAUAUGGGAUGUGUAUACUCGACACCACAAAGACCUUUGUUCAAACGAUCCGAUGAUGGUAACUCUAAUGGUACUGGUACACUUUCCAAUAUUGGUGGAGGUGUUAAUGGUGUUACUAAUGGAGGAUCGAAAAUAUUUGAUGUGAUUAAUGUAGAUGAUCGUGGUAAUGAGAUAAAUCAUGGUCAAAUUGAGAUAACCGAAAAUGAUCUCAUUUUACAUCAACGAAACAAAAAUUCUAUUGUUUGGCCUCUAAGGUCUCUUCGUCGUUAUGGAUUUGAUGCUGAAUUAUUUAGCUUUGAAUGUGGACGUCGAUGUUCAACUGGACCAGGUAUUUAUGCCUUCAAAUGUGUUCAUGCAGAGCAGUUAUUCAAUGUUCUUCAAGAAUCGUUACAACACUGUAGUAAUAUAAUCACACCAAAUAACCAUAUCACUUCACCUCAACAUGCGAUAAAUCAAGAAAACAAUGGUACCAGUACAGUUACUAUUAGUCCUGGUGCGACCAUUUCAUCACCAGUUAUUCCAACUACUCCUGGUCCACCAGAAUUAGCUGCUCGUGCUCCAGUCCCAGUUCCGCCUCCACCUCUCUUACCCAGUUCACCUCCUCAUUCUUAUGUUAACGAUAUAAGAAGUUACAUAAACUCACCUUUCUAUGCAAACACAGCAGUUUUAAAUGGAACCAUUAUUGGUCUACCGGUCUCAUCAUCUUCACAUGUUAACAUAUCAAAAGGACGAGCCGGAUCAGCACGAAGUGCCAGUGAUAUAAACACAAAUUACGCUAAGUUAGAUGAUCUUGUCGAUUAUGUAAAUAUUGAUACUGCCGUUGCUCAAUAUCAAACCGGCACUUCAUCAUCAUCAGAUCACGCAGCAGUUACUACACCAGCUAAUUGUGUUUCCUCAAAUCUGCUAGCAUCUUUCACUACUAACCCAUUAACUAACUUUGAGACAACUGAGUGUUCAUCUUCAAAACAAAGAACUUCUUUGAUUUGUGAAGAAAUUAAAUUGUCCAAUUUUUCAUCUACUACCACUACCACAAGUACCACCGUUAAUAUUAAUUCCACCACCAAUACCACCGCCAAUGGAGACUCCAAUUGUUCAACAAACAUUAAACCACCCAUUUUACCAAUUAAACCUUUAUCUGCAUUAGCUGCAUCAUCAUGCCCACCAUCAUCUUCAUCAACUGUAUCAUCUACAGCCAUCCAAGGUUCAUCAUCUAGUCACUCUCAACAACCAGAUUCAUUAAUCAGUCCAAAAGUACCUAGAAAAUCUGAAAGUGGUAUUAGUGAAUCAUUAGAAUUAAAUGAAAUGGUUGAACCUGUUAACUACAUCAUCUUGGAUCUUGAAAAUACCAAUACAAACAACAAUAAUGGUCCAACCUAUGUAACAACAGGCCCAGCAACACCUAUUUUUAAAACACCCGAAGAAGGUGCAUUUAUUUUACCUGGAACAACACCACCAUCAACGCCUACAUCAAUUAAAUCAAUAAGUAGCAAUUAUCCUCCACAAUCUUAUGCUACAAUAGAUUUUGAUAAAACAUUGGCCCUUUCCAAUUCAGCAGCUAGUCAUCGAAAAUUUUAAUCAUCAACAAUCAAGACUACACUAGACAUCCCAAGCCAAGAUCAAUUUAAACGCACAUUAAUUAACAUCGACACCAUUCAUAUAUAUUUAGUUAUCUACAAAAAUCGAAAUCAUCUUUAAUUCCUCAUCGACUCAUCUUAUUUUUUUUUCGUUCUUGACCAAUCUUGACAAUAAAGUUCCCAUCAUCAUGAACAUCAUCUUCACAGUUACACCAAAUCAUCAAUCUUACAAUUGGACUUUAAUUUUUCCUUUUUUCGUCACCUGAAAAACCUUUCAUCACACAGAAAAAAAAAGACUUUAACUGGACUCACAUUCAACAAAAGAUAUUACAAAUUAAUUACUUGACCACGACCGUUGCAUUUUAAUAGAGCGAUUAACAAUUUCUCUAAUGAUUAGUCUUUUACCAAUAUCCAAUUAUUAAAAAUCCUUUAACAGCCCGAAUUAUUUGGUUUCUGGGCGAAUCAAAUUAACCAAUAAUUAAUCUGCAUUCUCAAAUCCAGUAUACAUCAUUACAGUCUUUUUCCUUCGGAUUCACCUUCUUUCUCUUUAGAGUUAAACUAUUUUACAGAAGAAAAAAACUUAAUCUGGUCAGAGAAUCAGAGUUAAUCUCUUUAUUUUCAAAACAAUUCAUUUUUUCUCAUUAUAAUUAAACUUUUUUUCAUUCGAAUUAAUUAUCAAUAUGUUUUUACUAAUACAAUCAGGAAUAUAUCUCUUCAUGUGAUUGUACUGAUUUUCACUAUCUUUCGAUAUAAUCAUUUCUGAAGCGAAUUCUACAACUUCGAUAAUUUUCUUCAAAACCUUCGAUGAUUAAUUUUCUUUCUGGUGUUUUGAUAAACAAUUAGAAUUGAAAAUUAUCUACAACUUAUGAGAUUGAAUUGGUACAGAUCAAUUCCUUUGAAAAAAAGUUUAUUUAGAAAGAGAAAAGGGUCAAUUCUAGUGAGAAAAACAGAGAUUAAACCUCUUCAGCCCUGAAGACAAAUUAAUUCUAAUGAAAAAUGGUUUAUUUAUAAAGAGAAAGAAGGUGAAUUCGGAGGAAAAAGACUGUAUCCUUUAUCAUCAAAUUGAUCAUUAUAAUUUUACAUAUAUAUUAUAUAUACCCAUUAUUUACUUAUUCCUAAGACCCAAAUAUGUUUGACAACAAAAAUCUAUUAUGAAAAAGAUGAUACAUUUAAGAGAUUCUGUAAAAUAUCAUCAACAAAUCAUUAAAAUUGUCCAAAAAUCAACAAA